AGGAGCUGAGCAUGGAGAGCAGGGAGGACAAAUGCCCACAGCAGAACCUGGUGGAAGAGGCCGUUUUGAGCGGCUCCACGGCGCAGGAAGCCAACGGGGAGGAAAAGCCCCGGAGAUGCCGCACGAGGAGGGGCUGCAAACGCAGCUGGCGGGGAUCUGAGGGGGAAAGAGCCAGCCUGGGCCGGGAAGGCGGCCGGAGACGGAGCCAGAGCUCGGAGCUGGUGCUCCAUGAGCAGCUCCAUGAUGGGGAGAAGCCACACACGUGCGUGGAGUGUGGGAAGAGCUUCAGGUGGAACUCCGAACUGAUCAGGCACCAGAGGAUCCACACUGGGGAGAAGCUCUAUGAGUGUGGGGAGUGUGGGAAGAGCUUCAGCGUGAGCGGCAAUCUGAUCACGCACCAGAGGAUCCACACUGGGGAGAAGCCCUAUGAGUGUGGGGAGUGUGGGAAGAGCUUCAGCCGGAGCUCCAACCUGAACCAGCACCAGAGGAUCCACACUGGGGAGAGGCCCCAUGAAUGUGGGGAGUGUGGAAAGAGCUUCAGCCAGAGCUCCCACCUGAUCAGGCACCAGAGGACCCACACUGGGGAGAGGCCCUACGAGUGUUCCAAGUGUGGGAAGAGAUUUCAGACCAGCUUCGUUCUCCUGCAGCACUAUCGCAUUCACAGAGAGGAGAGGCCCUUCCAAUGCCCUGACUGCGGGAAGGGAUUCAAGUACAACUCCCACCUCAUCACCCACCGGCGCGUCCACACUGGGGAGAGGCCCUACGAGUGUGAUAAAUGCAGGAAGAGGUUUCAGAACAGCUCCCAUCUCCUCAUGCACUAUCGGAUUCACACAGAGGAGAGGCCCUUCCGCUGUCCCGACUGUGGGAAGGGAUUCAAGCGCAACUCCACCCUCGUCACCCACCGGCGCAUCCACACUGGGGAGAGGCCCUACGAGUGUCCCCAGUGUGGGAAGAGCUUCUCCAGCAGCUCUCACUUGAUCCAACACCAACGGAGGCACCACUAAGGGAAGCCCUGCGAGUGCCCCGAGUGUGGGCAGAGCUUCGUGCGCUGCUCCAGCUCCUUCCCCCACUGGAGGAGGCACUUUGGGCACAGCCCAUGUUAUUGAAGUGAAGGGGAGAACGACCAUCCUGGUAAUGCAUCGAACUCUGAUUUAUUGAUCAAUCAGUCACUUUAUAUAACAGUGUUAAUUAACUUCAUGAAUAUUGCAAAAUCUGAGCUCACGAUAGGUUAACAGAGAAAACUCUAACCACUCCUUUUGUUUUACAAUACCUACAAUUGUGUAUUAAAAACAGAACCAACGUUCCCACUGUGAUAUGAGAGUUUCCCCAAACUUCCAUAUCUGUUCCCAGGGAGCCAGCUUUUCCCAGACAGAAUGCUUUGCUUGUUAUGGGAAGACUGUCUGAGAACCUUAUUAUUUAUAAAAUUAAGCCUGGGAACUGCUUUAGGAACUGCUUUACUUCUACCUUUUACUUUUCUCUCAAUUGUAUGUCUUCAUGGCCUUUUUCUUUAAGCCAUUCUCCAACAGCAUGUGAGCCACAUUCCCUGUGAUCCAUGUUGAGAACACACUUGGCUGCUUCUACUUUUAUUUUCACCUUAAUUUUUUCUGUUCUCCAUCUCUUUGCACUGCAAAAGCCAAGAGGAAUAGAUCUGUCACCUCCAAACCACUCAAAUCCCAGUUAAAACAGCUCAAUCUUACCCCAAAAAGAGCUCAAACCUACCUCAAAAAACUCAAUCCCAUGCCAAACUCACUCGAUUCCGCAGCCAUCAGGCUGAGAUGAGGUUGGGAAGUGAUUUAGAGUUGUCGGAUCUCAAUUAGAGUGGUGGGAUGGAGAUUGUGUGGGUUUGGGUGUGUGGGAUGUAUUUGACAGCAAAGAAAACUCUGAGACUUACUGAUUUCUCUCCCGUUCAUGUUCAGUCUGUUGCAGUUCUGUUUGCAGAGUGCCGCCUUCUCAGCUCCUUGUCUUGGUGUCCCCUUUUCUCUCCUGCCUCUCUUUGCCUGCUCUGUUUCUCUCUCAGUGUCUCCCUGGACCCACGGACCACCAGAGACCCUGCCCUGAUUUAAUUGACCCAGGCACCACCAGAGACCCUCCCUAUAUUUAAUCCUCAGGAUCACCCACUACUCUCCCCUGAUUUAUUGCCCCAGUGCCCACCAAAGACCCUCCCCUGAUUUAAUUGACCCCUGCCACCAAAGACCCUCCCCUGAUUUAGUUGACCUUUCCCUGUUUUAAUUCCCCUUUCCCUGAUUUAAUUGACCCCUUCCCUGAUUUAGAUGACCCUUCUGUCCCCACAGACCCUCCCCUGAUUAUUUAUUAUUUUAUUUCCCAAUUAUUAUUUUAAUUCCCAGUCCCAGGAGCUGAAGUCCUGAAGGCUGGCAGGGAAAUGUCUCUGUAAGAUUUUGCUCCAUUUCCAUUCAAGGGCGGGAACAUCUUUUCCUGGCUGGAAGCUGGAAUUGCAGACUUUUGGAAUGUGUGCAGGGCAGUACGGACUGGGAUCAAACAUGGACUGGGAUCAAACAGGGACUAGGAUCAAAUAGGGACUGGGAUCAAUAGGGACUGGGAUCAAAUAUGGACUGGGAUGAAAUACGGACUGGGAUCAACUAUUCACUUGGAUCAAAUAUGGACUGGGGUCAAAUAUGGACUGGGAUCAAUUAUUGAUUGGAAUCCUACAGUGUAGGAUAAACUGGACUGAGCUUAUAUAGACUGGGAUCAAAUACGGGCUGGGAUCAAAUAUUAAUUGGGAUAAAAAAUGGACUGGGUUCAAAUCAGGACUGGGAUCAACUUUGGACUGGGAUCAAAUAUGGACUGGAUCAAAUAUGACAGAUCUUAUGGACUGGGAUCAAAUGUGGACUAGGAUAAGCUACGGACAUGGAUCAAAUAUGGAUUGGGAUCAAAUGGACUGGGUUCCUACAGACUGGGAUAAACUGGACUGAGAUUAUAUAGAUGUCGUGGUUUGAGAGGAAGUUAGUUUUCUGGGAUAUGAAGUGGUCAGGCCAAUAGGUGCUCACAUUUGAAUACUGGCACCUGGUUUGGCCACUGGGGACAUUGGAUACGCCUCUGAGAACUCAGGGGUUAAAAAGCAGAGCACUCCCGGGGGAAGCUCUCUAGGGCUCCAGCGAGGGAACCAGGUCGGGCCUCCCCUGCCCAGCUCCUGGCUGGUUUGGGGCUGGGUGAGGUAGGCCUGGCCCGAGGAUGGAAGGGUGGAAGAGCACCGACAUGCAUCCGGCAGCCACACCUCCCCCCCAGGAGACAGAGAGACAGAGCGCCUGUGCCACCGUGAAAUUUGAUAUCCUGUGCUGGCAGCACAGCCCGGCUGGCAGAGAAGGGUCCGGCAGCUGUGGGAGCUUUGGAUGGGCAGAGCCCGAGCUUUUAACCCUUUUUUGGACAAGGAAAACUUUGCAGAACAUUAACCUUUCCUAGAAGAGAGAUAAGAGAUGAAAUGGAAGAAGGAAAUGUGCAAGUGUGAAGGUCUGGGCAAGUGAAAGAUGUCGGGAGAGUAGAGAAGAAUCUUAGGUGGGAAGAGAUGAUGGAGUGGCCUUAGCGGGACUUUUCUUGUGUAGCCAUGGACAGAACCAUGUUUCCUGUGACACAGAGACUGCAUCCAGGGGGAGGCAAUGGCUCAGAGCCAAGAGGGUUCAGUGUUGGUACCCCGGGGCCCCAGGGGGUGAAAUUUGGGGGGGGAUAGGUGUCCCAAAGGUGGGACUGUGCCCUUUUUGGAACGGGACAAAGCAUCCUUAAAAGGACAACCCUAGAAGCAGCUCUGGUCCAUGUGCAGUGGUGAGAGCACUGGACAUGGAAGGAAGAUGUCACAAUGGCAGAUGUUCUCCGGGCGGUGCCACAAGUGACGUGGAAACACACGAGGUUUCAGCGGUGUUUCCUGGGGAAGCCUAUGGCACAAGAAGGAUUCCUCUCCCCUUGAUGAACUGAGAAUUGGUUACCUAAAGGGUGGUGAUGGACCGAGAGCUGGAGAUUUGGGGAAUAGAUGUAUCAGAAAUUUGGUGGUGGGGGGGCAGGAAAUGUUUUUGUUUUGGAAAGUUUUCAUUUUCCCUGUGUGUUUCCUGUUACUUAGAGUUGUAGUUCAGUUAAUAAAGGUUUCUUUUCUUUAUUUCUAA